AUGGAUUUCUUGGAACGCCAAUCGAAAACCCAAACGGCGGUGGUAAACCAGCAACUGUUGGAAAAACAUCCCAAAGAACAACAAGGAGGCGCGGGAGUUGAGAAUGGCAUUGAAACGACCGAGGCUCGUGAAGAUCAUCCUUUUGAUGGUAUUCCUUUCGCUCAAAACGAAGAAAUGGAAGCUGAGGAAAUUGAUGGCUUCUUGUUGCCCUUUGAUGUGGAAGACCUGUGA